GAUAAGGUAAUAGUCAGGUUUGCUCGUCUAUCAUCCUUGCCUACAUGUUUUUCUCUGGACUGAUUUAAGUUGUAAAAUAACGAAACUUAAACCUAAAAAACCUAAAACGUCUGUGAGGUGAUGAACCUGUAUGAACUGGUUAACGAUCAUUUUCGUGUGCCUGUCCUUGCAGAGAUGGUCUGCCAGACGUGUUUUAACAUUGCGCAAUCAGAUCUGCCCAGCUCUUAUGACUUCCUAUAAGAAAUUUGACUAGACAAGAUUCAACAGGACAGAACUAAAGUGCAGGGAUAUGCCAUUACGCUUCUGGCAGACCAAAGCAGCGACUAUGUGCAGACCAUGAUGAUAGCACACGAUCACACUGCAGGUUUGUCAAUUUACAGAUCUCAAUAUGAAAUCUCACAGGACCAGCACUGAAGACAUACGCCAUAGUGCUUCUGACAGACCAAAGCGGUGAUUAACAAUGAUGGUAGGAAACGACCAAAUUGCAAGUUCGUCUUUCCUCAACAUGAAAUCUCUCAGAAUAAUUUAAUUUGUGAGAUAUCUUUUUUAUCCUCAGGGUGAUGAAUCUGUAAUUUGGUGGUUGCCGAUCAUUUCGGUCUACCUGUCCUUGCAGAGUUCAUUUGCCCUAUGUGUUUUGACUGGCGCCUUCAGGUCUGCCCAGCUCUUAUGGCUUCAUAAAAGAAAUUUGAAUAGACAAGAUUCACCAGGACCGACAAUGAAGUGUGGGGAUAUGCUAUUACGUUCUGAUAGAAAAAGGACUGACUAUGUGCAGACCAUGAUGAUAGCACACGAUCACACUGCAGGACCAACUCGGAAGAUGGGAAUAUGCCAUAAUGCUUCUUACAGACCAAAGCAGCGAGGAUGUGGUGUGCAAUUGUUAGACAUGUAUCACUAUGACCCUAUGAUCAAAUGCCCGUACAACCAGGCACAUGUAGUACGUACAAGUAGAAUGCCGAUGCAUUUGAGAAAAUGUGGCAUGCAGGCCAAAGUAAAAUUGUCUGUUUGCCCGUUUAAUGCUAUCCACGUUAUGGAUCCGGGUGAACUGGAGCAACAUGAAAAAGAUUGCCCUGAUAGAUUAGUGUUGGAUUCAUUCAUAUAUGAUUUGGGGGAUUCGACAGCCCCUGAAGGAGUGUUACCUGUAACGCCAUCAUCUAACUUUCAACAAAAUUCCACUGAAUGCUGGGAUGAUUGUAUGAUAAGUGAAAAUGUACUUGAAGUGGUGAAAGAAAAUGCACAAAAGAAAGAUGUUGUUAUAAACUUAAUUGGUGCUCCGCCGGCUGCAAGGAAAGCACACCGUAGGCAGGAGACUCUGCGCCGCCAAGAGAUAAGAAACAAGGCUGAAGCAGAAUUAAAAGCCAAACAGCAGACCCUCAAAGCAGAAGUAACGAAGAAUGAGAAUGCAAAACUAAAAGAGCAGGCAAAGGCUUCUACUUCAAAAAAUAAGGAAGACAAUGUCCAAGUUGACGGCUGUAAGAAAUUUACUGACAAUUCACAGGACAAAUACAAUUUGUCAGAAGAACUGUCAGAGGAACUGGGUAAAAAGUUGACUUUAAACGAACCCGGUCCAAGUUCAUCAAGACAACCGCACGCUGCGCGAAAUAACUCAAAGCAAAAUUCAAAACCGAUUAAAUACAAUGAAAAAGCUUGGCUCAAACCAAUUAAAAUUGGCCUUAAUAAGUCAGCUCAACCAAAAUAAUUUUCAAUUUUGCCUAAUUUUCUUAAAAUGUGUGUUCUUAAUUUUUUUUUUCAUUUCAAGUUUUGAAUUUUCUUUUAGUUUUUCUGCUCCAUGUUUUGUUCCAUUAUGUUUGUUCCAUGUUUUCUUCUUUCAAUUAUCUUAUAAUGAAAAUAAUUAAAUAAUUAUUUUGAAAGUAUUUUUUGUUUGUAAAUUUGUACAAUUUGUAAAUUUGAGAGUUUGAAAAAAUUGCUGAAUAACUUUUUUUUCUUCUAAUUUUUUAUAUAAUAAUUAUAAAUGCACUUUUAUUAAGAUUCACAAUAGAAAACAUCUUCUUGUGUUACAAUGUACUACAAAUACAAACGACAUGGACUAUGUCCUGAAGGAGUGUUGACUGAAAUGUGUUUAAAAAACAAAAUUUAAAAUAAAAAUGGUGGCUCCCAAAUUGCACAGGAUACUCUUCUGCUGAACAUGUGGUCUACCGACUGAAUAAUUAAGUUUUAUUUUUUAAUAUUGCGAUUAAUUAUUAUUAUUAUUAAAAAAAUUGCUGUACUCUUAAUAAAGUACAGUAAUAAGGUACAGUUUUUAUUGAUAUGUAAUCUUAGGAAAUCAUUUUAUAAACAUUGACUUCCUUUGCUACUUGUAAUAAUAUUUGAAAUAAUUGUACUAUAAAAAAUGUAAGUU